AUGCAGAGCACUCGUGCCUCCGGUGCACGCUUCAGGCAGAGGAAACUCUCGACCAAGCAUCCGCUACAGGUCGUCAAGGAGAAUGAAAUAGAGACCUUUGCCAUCGAUGAAGACCCUCAACGCCACAUACCUCAUGUCGAGACUGGUGUGGAAAAGGCAGAGGAGACCGAACACCAUCUCCAGGCUGUCAUCUCUGCCUCUGCCGCGGCGUCGCUAGGUGCCAAAGUCAACCAAGUCUUCAUUCCUACCCCAGAGACAAAAUCAAGUGGUAUUCCCUAUGAUCAGUUGUACCCUCGACAGUUCGCCGAACCUGCUACCUACAUUCGCUUCAGCUCGACGGUCGAGGACUGUAUCGGACAUCAGUACAAUAUUGACGAAGAAGAUGAUACUUUCUUGCUGAACUUCAACUCAUCCAAGAAGGAUGACGAGAAGAUCUCCGAGGAUUUCUUCGAAGAGCUGAUGAGUUUUUUCGAGCUCAAGUCGGACAAGAAUCAUCCUUUCGCCAACAUCUCCAACGCUCCGAUUCUGACAUUCGAAGAAGCCGAGAGCUACUAUGACGACCCAGAAGAUGAGACAACCCUUUCUGUAGAAGCUCGGAAAUGGGCCAAGGAAGUGUAUGAGCACUGGCAUUCGAGAAGAGUGCAGAAUGGCAAUCGCUCGCUUUUAUCAAAUCUCAAAUUCGAAACUGGUGCCGAUACUGACGACAAUGACGCCUACGUCUGUUUUAGACGUCGCGAAGUCCGACAAGCUCGCAAGACCAGAGGUAGAGACGCUCAGGUGACUGAGAAGCUCAAGAAACUGAGGAGAGAGCUCGAAGAUGCCAGGCAACUCCUCAUGUCUGUCAAUCAGCGCGAGCGAUUGAUCAAACAGAGGAUAGAAACAGAACGCAAGGUGUUCGAACAACGUAGUGAGUUGAAGAAGGUCAAGGUGCAGCAAGGGAUCAAAGGUGAAAAGGGAGAAGAUGAGGAACUCCUUGUCAACCAGAGAGUAAGUCGUAAUCUUCUUACCGUUGUUGUGAUCCGUAGGCUGAUGUUGAAUAGCNCCACUCCCAAGCCCAGACCAGCAAAGGCCGACGGACAAAGACCCACAACAUUGCGUCUGCCUGGCACGAGGACAGAAGCAGUUCGCGCAGCUCCGGAGAACGACCUUGUGCAGUUGUCAGACAUCCAGGAAGAGGCGGCCGCAGCGGUGCAGCGAUCAGUCGAAGAAAAGAUUGGCCAGCAUCGCAAGUGGAACAAGGAUUGGGUCGACAACACCUGGGGACCAAUCACACCACCAGCCGAACCUUCUUCAGGGUCUGGGUAUCUGCCACGCAUUGAGGAGGUUCAAUUGCCGACGCCUCCAGCUUCUUUGCGUUCAGAGACAUCACAAGAUCAUGUCAAGGAUGUCGAGAUGAAAGACGCGGAUCUACCUACACCAGUCAGCGCUGCACAAGAACAAGCACCGCGUACCAUAUUCCGUUUCAACUCGCCACCACCUGAGGCAGGAUAUGAAAGACCUGCGUACAGGCGACGAUAUGGUCGCAAUGGACGGUUGUACAUUGAACAGCGCAAGCCGCGCAUGUUUGUCCAAGGCAAAGGUGUGAUAGGCGACUCUGACGAUGAGAGUGACGGCGAGACGGUCGUGUAUCCCAUGGAUUGCUAUGACACACUGGGCAUCAGCUAUCGCGCUAGCAUCCUGGCGCCGCGAAGGGCAGUGGAUCCGGCAACCGACCACAUGGCGCAACUGAGGCGGACAGGAUCCAGCGGCGACGUGGUGAUGGCGGGUGGUGGAUCGACAGCAGGUCAUGGAACCAGUCAUGGCCAGGGCGAGGGUGGAAGUUGA